CAGAAACGAUGACCGUAGUGCGCAGAAGACGGAAGUUUGUGGUCCGUGCAAUUGUUUUCGUUUUCUUUUUAUUUUGCAAAUAGUGAUUUUAUGAUGAGUGCGCGGUACAAAAGCCUUACAGAAUUGGUGCAAUCGGUAUCAAGAGGAGAUAUCGAAACUACUACCCCUGAUUCAGAGUCGCGUAGAUAUUUGCAAAAAGAAAAUGAAGAAAGAUUCAGCGUCCGAAAGCUAGUGCAUCGAUUCGAGGCUAGUGCAAGUGAGCAUUUCGAGCGCACAAUAAGUGGACGAUUUUCAUCGAAAGUGAAAAAGUCCAAAGCAUGCAAAGAAGCUGCAUCGAAACGAUCUGCACACACCAAUCCACCGACCGAAAAGUGUUCAUCGACAACGACGUGGUACCUGGAGAGCGAUAAGAUAACCGAAGAUAACGAUGAACGCAACACCAUAUCACAAUUGAAUAUGCUGGACAGGAACAUCGACACUGAGGAUGAUCCAUUUGACCGGAUAUCUCUCCCUGAUCCUUCAGAGUUAUGUGACAGCUGCAAUGAGUUCAUAUAUCUUCGACUGACAAAAGCAAAAGCUGAACAUUUGAAUGGUUACGAUUCAGACUUUGAGGAAGCGGAUUGCAAUUCGAAGCAUGUCGAAGCUAUUAAUAACAUAUUAGCUUUGAGAUUUCCAGGAAAUUACAUACAUUACCUUAUAUAUGGUUACUAUCAUCCGACACAUUCUGAAAAGCACGAUAUUCUUAUGUACUCUGAGAAUGACGAUGGUUUUUGUGAAUUGGAAACUUCCGUAUUUUUAGAUCACGAUGGAGCAACAUGUUCAGAGCCUAAUGGUCAAUACACGAAAGAUUAUACCAUCACUACUUCCCAGCAAAACAUAGCAUGUGGAACAAAUGCUCGAUUAACAUACCUGAUUGAAGAAUUACUUGACACGGAACGUAAUUACAUAAACACUCUGGAAAAGGGCAUCUCCACGUACAUCAAAAACGUCUUCAACAAAGUUCCCAUCCCAACAGAUUUAGUUAACAUGAAAUAUCAUUUGUUUGGAAACAUCGAGUAUAUCCAUCAGUUUCACAAGUCAAUUAUGUUACCUAAACUAGUCGCCUGUGGCAAAGACGUCGGAAAAAUAGCGGACGUUUUCAUCAAGUACUUGGAAAAUGACUCAUUCUAUGGUUACGUUCUCUACUCUCUGUAUCACCCCAAGUCGCAGCGAUUGUGCGAGCAGUUUGCACGUUUUUUCCAGGAUCACCAAAACAACAGCGGAGAUAAAUUGGGUGUCAAAAGUUUCACCCUUCAACCCAUUCAGCGACUUCCCCGUUACUUGCUACUGCUGAAUAGUCUUGUAAAGUCGCUUCAAUCAAGCGAAUUGUCGUCUGAUGAUGAAACGGCUGUACAGUACCAAUCAGUGUGCAAGGCGGAAAGAGAGAUGCAGAUCUUCAUUAACACGAUGAACGACUCGAUGGAGGUCAACGAAAUUGAGGAAUGUGAACACACUGAAGACGAUGAGAUCGAGAUGGGUUUCGGUGUACCCAAACCGGUAACUGUGCUUCGGGAACAGAACAGCGAGAAUCAGAUUCUCUUCCUUUAUCCCAAGGAAGACGAAAACUCAGAACGAAGUAGACCGAUCAAUCUUCUCCACCAAGGAAAGUUCAAGAAAGUAUUUCCUGUCUUUUUGCAUGAUCUGCGCUUAAGGCGCCAAUAUGCAGGCAAGCUAUUUAUCUUCGAGCGAUGUAUUUUCUACACGGAGCAAAUAAAAAUCAAAGUGCUCAACUACAGAGGACAUUUUGAUCACCAAGAAGUAACGUACGAUUUCAGUAAUCAGCAAAUACUAAAAAUUACGUCGGAGAAAGAUAAUCAUCACGCCAUAGACGUCAAAGUUGACAUCCAAAAUCCCGAAGUCACUAAACUGGCUGAGAUAGUUGAACUCUUGCGGUCAAUAAUAGCCAUGCGUCAGAAAAAAGAGGGGUUUAUGAUUGAAAGCACUGAACUAACAAUUAUUAGAAAUGCCAUUUCAAAUCGUCACAGUAGUAGCAGAAGUAGUAUCUCAAGUUUAACAAGCUGUUAUAGCUACUACAACACAUGUGGACCGGAAUGUAUUCCAGAAGUCUCUGACUAUCCACAAACGAGUUUCGCUGAAAAUGAUCAGUCAGUUGAUCACAUCUUAAGCUUCCAUCACUAUUAUGAAAAAGCUCUGAAAGAUAAUGUGGAUUUCUAUCUUUGCUCCCUACCGAAUGAUGUACCCCAACAGCUUGUUGAACUGAACGAAAUUAUUCUUGAUAUGCUCAAAAUCCAACGAAAUCUAAACUAUCGUUUGUUCGAAGACGACCACUUCCAAACUGCCGGAUCAGACCUAAACAACAUCUGUGAUAUCUUUCAUGACAGUCUCAUGCAAUCAGAGUUCGAAAUUUAUCUCCGAUAUGUCGAAAAAUCGAAAUGUGCAGAAGCGAUUCUGAUGAGCUUUGAACAGUACUUCACAGGGCAUCCAAGAGCACAUGAUACUAUCUGCUUGUCGAUCGACGCAUUUCUAUUUCUACCCGUAGAAUAUGUAAACAGGUGCUACGAGUUCUUCGAUGCUGUUUGGAAGGAUGUGUAUGGGAUAAGGGAAGAUGUGAUCCUUAGGAAUACGGUACUCAAGUACAAGAUUAACUUUGUCCACAACCAGCUGUCAUUGUUGCGGCAACGACUCAACGAAAACUAUUACAUUCGACAGUUGAUCAUGGACACAGAGUUUUUGAACGAGAUCGAACUAGUGCAAUACUCCGAAAUAGUGAAACUGGAAGGUUCCUACGCAAAUUACCGACUGUUUCUCAUGAAAACGGGAUUACUUUGCAUGAAAAUUAAAACUGAGAAGAGCAACAAACCGGAGAAUUAUAGUAGUGUAACGUUCUACUGUCCGUACACAAAGUCAACAGCAAGAAACAGUCUGCGAAGUUCCACAGGAUGGUCGGUUUACUUGGAUGGUCGAAAAACGAUUUUGUAUUUUGAAAACAAACAGAAGCGCUACUUACUAAACGCUCGGUACGUCACUCUGGCGGGGCAGAUGCGUGCGACAAUGCGCGUGAAAAAGCGUUCAUUCUUCAAAUCAUCUGAUUGACAAUAAUAGAACAAAUGUGAUAGACUGAUAGUUUUUUUUAAAUUGCAGGAUUAGUUUUCUUUUCAUUGCAAGUUAUCUCUGGAGGUAUCAUUGAUAGAAAAGUAAAAGCCUUACUAUUAAAUUCGGACACAGACGACUCAACUAAAGUUCUAUUUUAUUCAAGGGAAUCUACGCGGUUAGUUCUUCGAAAAAUCUAACAGGGUAAUGUGAAUAUUUUCACCAUAUUAGGGAGGGUGCAUCACUGUUUCAUUAAUUACUCGACUUAUAAUUGAGGGGCCAUCAACAGCUUUGAUUCGUUGUGAAGAACAAAUAUAAUAAUACAAAUGCCAUGAAAUUGUGCCCCAAUCGUCGUCCUACCACUUGACCCAAUGUGUUGAACAAAGAUGACAGGCGCUGCUCUAACCUACAGCUUCAAAUGGGUGUGAUAACAGAAUCACGGCGAAAAAGGGCUCAUUACCCUAUAUUGAUGCAUAUCCAUUGUCAUUUUACUUCAACGGGUGUAUCGCCCGAUGAGCGAAAUGGACUGGUCCGUAGCCAGAACCUAGGGGGUGGGGGUGUCUUGAAAAUGUUAUGAUUAGUUCAGAUGACCUCAAAUAAAAGGUACGUUAAUCCGAUUUCCUGUUCCGGAGUUACGAAAAAAAAUGAGAACACACAGUAACUACUUAUAUAAAAACCUGUUUUAAUCCACCUAGC